AUGCAUGGUUCUAUAGACGGCGCUUCGCAUACGCGAAUCAGCUGAAAUUUGUUUUUGACGUCUCUCCUCUCUAGUUGAAUUCAGUUUUGCUUGUCACUUUUGCCGGUGCUUGGUGUAAUUUUAUAAAUGAUUUAGGAACGCAGUAAAUAAUUGUGACGGGAGUAAACAGAUGAUUGAAGUAUUUUAAUAUAAAAAUGAAUGUUGUUACUGCUUUAAAGUUUUAUGUAUCGAAAAUGACAGAAGACAGUGGCCCUGGUAUGAAAGUUUUGUUAAUGGAUAAGCAAACGACGAGUAUAAUCAGCUUACUUUAUAGCCAGUCUGAAAUAUUGAUGAAAGAAGUAUAUUUAUUUGAACGGAUAGAUACUGCUCUACAUAAUGAUACUUUGAAACACUUAACAUGUCUAGUAUUUAUAAGGCCAACAAAGGAAAAUAUUGAUCUGCUUUGUAAAGAACUUAGGUAUCCUAAAUAUGGAGUAUAUUAUAUUUAUUUCAGUAACAUUAUUGCAAAAGCAGAUAUAAAACUUUUGGCAGAGAGUGAUGAACAGGAAGUAGUUAGAGAAGUACAUGAAUAUUAUGCGGAUUAUCUAGCAAUUAGUCCACAUUUAUUUUCACUCGGUAUAAAUGCAUGCUCAGAAGGACUAACAUGGAAUCCAGUACAUUUACAAAGAGCUGUUCAAGGAAUAACUUCUGUUUUACUGUCAUUAAAAAAGUGUCCAUAUAUUAGAUACCAAAAUAGCUCCGACAUGGCUAAGAGAUUAGCAGAAAAAAUAAGGGAAGUGCUUAGUAAAGAAUCUAAUUCUUUUGAAUUCAGACAAGAAUCUAAUCCUAUUCUUCUAAUAAUUGAUAGAAGAGAUGAUCCUGUUACACCUUUAUUAAACCAGUGGACAUAUCAAGCAAUGGUACACGAGUUAUUGACAAUCAAUAAUAAUCGUGUUAAUUUAUCUCAUGUAAAAGGCAUCUCAAAAGAAUUAAAAGAAGUUGUUCUAAGUGCAGAACAUGAUGAUUUUUAUGCAAAUAACCUGUAUCUAAAUUUUGGUGAAAUUGGACAAACAAUAAAAGAACUGAUGGAUGAGUUCCAAAAGAAAGCAAAGAAACACCAAAAAGUUGAAAGUAUAGCCGACAUGAAACACUUUGUAGAAACAUAUCCACUCUUUAAGAAACUUUCUGGUACUGUAUCAAAACAUGUUACAGUAGUUGGAGAGCUUUCAUCUCUUGUUGAAAAGCAUAAUUUAUUAGAAGUAUCUGAGUUGGAGCAAGAAUUAAGUUGCCAAACUGAUCAUUCAUCACAGUUACAGAAAAUAAAGACACUUAUCAAUAAUCAAAAAGUACGAGAUAUUGAUACUGUUAGACUUGUGAUGCUUUAUGCACUUCAUUAUGAGAAACAUGCAAAUAAUGACAUUAAUGGUUUAAUGGAAUUACUUAAGAAAAGAAAUGUUUCGGAUAAAUAUAUUAAGUAUAGUUUGGUCCCGCCUCUCCUACCCCCCUUCGAGCUACAGGGGACAGUCACUUUUGCCAGGGCACGAGUGACCCGACGUUACACGGUAAGGGUUAAUCUUACAAUUGUAUUCUUAAGAAACAAUAGGGAAAAAAGUGUGCAUAAAAAAUAAUAACAUUUAUAUAUUUUUCAUGAAAUUCAAUUUGUAAUAAAAACUAGUACAUACAUAAAAAUACUUAUUUUUUAUUGAAAUUGAGCAAAAACUUUGUUGAAGAAAUAAAUGUAAAAUUUCUCUGACGCCGAUUCCGCACUCGCUAUAUCCACACAGGUGCGAAUUCGCAUCAACUCGAAUUUUCACAGUCGCUACUUUGCGUGUUUUGGUAGGAAUGACUCCGAGAACGGUUACAUCGUACAUACAGUAGGGACUAAAUAAGUUUGUUGUAGUGGAGACAAAGCGAUAUAUUAACUCGCUGACAAAUAACAGCAAAGGGAAAUUUUUACUGGUGCAAAUUCGCACCAGUGUGAAAUUUGAGGGUUAAUUCUACGCGGUCGGUACUCAUGUCUAGUGCAGUCUUAAUACAAUUGGUGUUGUUGAAACUCGCGGCGCGGUCGCGGCUUCACGCGCGAGCGAAUGUGGUGAUGAAGUCAACGAGACGAUCGCGAAGAGCCGUGAAGAGUUGAAAGAGCUUGGUAGAGCUGAUGAGUGCAGCAAUCCGUGGUCUCCGACGGUGGACGCCAAGAAUUUUUGACGAAGACGCCAAACUAGCUAUUCUCGGAUCGUCGAGGCGUAAAUCAAGUUCUCGUUUUUGUUCGGGAACGAUAGAAGACGCUGAGUUUAGUUCAGGAAUUCCUAUGUAGCGAAUUAAGACUCAGGACGGAGAGUAAGCCGGUAACGCCCGGUAUCGACUAGCAGCUAUUCAAGGAAAUCGCGGCUGUCAGAAUUAGAUAACAACUCACGGCGAUCUACUCUCGAUGCUGCAAUUCAGCCGCCUUUUAACCGCCAAAGCGACGUCAGUAACUCAUGCCUGGUGGCAUGUGUUAGAUGUCACGGCCACCGGUGAGCGCGCAAUUUGAAAUGUUUAAGUGACGUAAAACACUAGUUACAGCCUGACUGGUGAUCAGUCGGACUGCUCGUGGCGAUGCAGACUAUUGCACCAUCAUAAUGUCAUAGUAAUGGUUAUUGAGAUUUAGAAGUAGAAUAAUAACAUUGCAAAUGCACCAAUCGAAAAAGAAUAAUAUAUGUAACUAAUAAUCAAUCGGAAAUAUAUAAAUAUACAAGGUGUUUCAAUUUAAUCGCCCCAGGCUAAUAUCUCAGAAACAGUGGCAUUUUAGAAAAAAAUGCUUUAAAUAGGAUUUAUAUCUUUUUAAAUAACGUUAAUGUGUUCAAAAAAUUUUGAAAAAUUUACUUAAAUUCAUUGAAGUAUUAAUCAAAUAUCCAAAUUAUCAUGUAAAUUAAAUAAAAGUUUAUUUUGAAUAUUUUAUUUUUAUUGUUUUUGGAGAAAGUUGGGGAAAGAGAGAGAGCGAGAAAGAGAGGGCGAGAGAGAAAGAGAGAGAAAAAAAGAGAAAGGGGUGAGAAAAAAAGAUCAUAUAUUAGCCUCAUGCAUCUAAAAAAUUUAUAUUAAGUGGUAAACUUAGUUCUUGCGGUUUUUUUGUUUAAAAAACUCAUUUAUUUCGACAUCAAAAGUAAAAAAAUA